AUGUCGUCAUUACAUUCGGAUGAUGAUCAAGAGGAGAUCAAUGUCGAUUCUGACAGUAGACUCUCUGGACAGUAUGACAGAAGCAUUGGCUCAGAUAGAGACUCUGAUUGCUUCAACGAAAGGUACAGGGACUCUCCGAAUGAUCACAUGACCGAAACUCAUAAUCCACAUCAACAGAGAGUAAAUCUACCAUUCAGCAUAUCACGGCUGCUGGGCAAACAUUUCGAGGAUAUAGACAAACGUAGGAAUUCCGGGGAAAGUGACGAUAGGAGUGACCAAGACACUGAGUCAGAAAGUGCGAAAGAUGACGGGAAGGACUCUAGCCUAUCGCUGAACUUUGGCCACAAUCCUGGACUUUACCCUAACUCUAGUUUACUGCUGCGGCCUGGGUUGACUUUGGGGGGCGGCUAUUUUCCCAGCAACCCGGGGGUUGUGAGGGUGCCAGCUCACAGGGCUCUCGGAGCGCUGGGGGCUUGGGGCGUAGCCCUGGAUCCUAUGAGGCAGGCGGCUGCAGCGGCGUUCGCUCAUCAGGUUGUGAAGGACAGAUUAAAUGCGUCGUUCCCCAUCACGAGGCGAAUUGGCCAUCCAUACCAGAACAGAACGCCGCCGAAGCGCAAGAAGCCCAGAACUUCCUUCACCAGGAUGCAGAUAGCUGAGCUGGAAAAGCGGUUCCACAAGCAGAAGUACCUUGCGUCGGCUGAGAGAGCCUCGCUGGCGAAAACCUUGAAGAUGACGGACGCGCAAGUCAAGACGUGGUUUCAGAACCGGAGGACAAAAUGGAGAAGACAAACAGCUGAAGAAAGAGAAGCGGAACGCCAAGCUGCAAAUCGCUUGAUGCUAUCCCUUCAAGCGGAAGCGCUUAGCAAAGGCUACAUGCCAGAACCACCUCCAGGAUCCGCACAGCUUUCAGCGCUUCAUUACCAGAGCCCUCCCAAUACAGCACCACCGCCCCCAUCGAAUACCGCUUUAAGCGCUUUACAGAAUUUGCAGCCGUGGGCUGGGGGUCAGGGGUCGUUUAUGAACGCCCCCGGAUCAGCACCGCCGCAACAUCCACCCCCUGUUGCAUCACCUAUAUGUUGAGAUUAGUCCAGAUUUUAGGUUUAUAUUAUGAUAUAUGUUUAGAAGCCCGCCAACGAAGCGUAGCUCUGUAGUCUCUAUCUAUGUGGGAGAAGACGAUGUAAUAUAUACAAGGUUACUUAAAAACCACUGCACAGUACUUGAUAAAAUUUAGCACAUACCAUAUGCGUCCUGGAGAUGAAUAUAGUAUACUUUUCACCAGCGGGGUUUCUAAAAUUUAUCAUACGUGAAUAUUAUGUAGGACGAUUUCUUUUUUUUCUGUAGUAAUCCGUGAUCCUAUUAAAUCUUUAGGAGCUGCUGUAAAUAUAACGUUUUUCUACUAGC